CUCUCUACCCAAUUUACUUCCUACCUUCUUCCCAUGUUUCCCACUCACAUCUCUCUUCCCCUGUCGCGCCAGUUGUGAGACGGCUUGGGGAUCUAUCUCCGUAUCAGCUCCAUGAGAAACAUGUCUCCUAGCAAGCUCAAUUCCAAUGGAAAUGCUAGUGUUUCACAACAGGAUAAUUGCUCUGUUGAUUCACUUUCACUCUUAAAUUCUGAGAAGGCAGUGCAGGAACUUGUUCAAGAACCUCUUCUUCAGGGAAUUGAUGAUCAUCUGAUAGAGUUCUCAGAGGCUAUGAGAACUGUUGCAAAGGCAUUGAGACGAGUUGCAGAAGCAAAGGCUUCUGCUCAAGCUGAGGCAGCUGAAUGGAAGCGUAAAUAUGAAUUGGAGAGGGCACGGUAUCAACAGUUAGAGAAUAAAGGUAUUUCAAUACCAGGCAAUGAGAUUCGGGCAAAUCAUCGGAGCUGGUUGACUGAAGCUUCUCCAGAUAAUGCAGUGGGAAUUAUAAGAUUAUUUCUACCAUGUAUUAUUUGUUGGGAAGGUUGGAAUGGACGAAAUGAGCAAGUAUCUGAAGCACUGUCGUCUGAAGAGCAGAACAGUAAUUUUAAUGAUGAGAGGGCUGACAAGUGGGAAAAUCAACCUGUGUUGUCCAAUCAAGCUAAUGAACAAUCCGAAAAGUGUUGUGGAAAAAACGGAAUUUGCUCCCACGAGGUUCUCCGGGAUGGAGAACCUGAUUCCAUCUCCAAUGUGGUUGAAGAUAGGUUUAUGAGAAAGGCUUCAUUUAAGCUAUCAUGGUGUUGCAAAGGUGAUAAAACUGAUCAGCAUAAGCAUGACAUUGUCUCUUUUGAAAGGGGAAAUAUAACAACUGCAGAGCGCAGCAGUAAACAGAUUUCCUUGAAGUGGGAAUCUCAGCCACAGACCGUGCUUAUUUUGACCAAACCGAAUUCAACUUCUGUUCGAAUUCUAUGUGCCGAAAUGGUCAGGUGGUUGAAAGAGCAGAAAAAGUUGGAUAUUUUUGUGGAACCAAGAGUAAAAGUUGAGCUUCUAGCAGAUUCAUCGUACUUCAACUUUGUACAAAGCUGGCAACACGACAAUGAAGUUAUGCUCCUGCACACAAAGGUUGACCUCAUUGUAACUCUUGGUGGGGAUGGAACAGUCCUUUGGGCGGCAUCAAUGUUCAAAGGGCCAGUUCCUCCUGUUGUCCCAUUUUCUCUAGGUUCCUUGGGUUUUAUGACCCCGUUCCAUAGUGAACAAUACAAAGAAUGUCUUGAUUCAAUCCUUCGGGGUCCUAUUAGUAUCACAUUACGACACCGGCUGCAGUGUCUUGUUAUUCGAGAAGCAGCAAAAGCUGAAAAUGAGACUGAAGAACCUAUUCUUGUAUUAAAUGAGGUUACCAUUGACCGUGGAAUUUCAUCAUUCCUCACAAAUUUGGAAUGCUAUUGCGACAACUCAUUUGUCACCUGUGUGCAAGGUGAUGGUUUGAUCUUAUCAACAACAUCUGGAAGUACUGCAUAUUCCCUCGCGGCUGGAGGAUCAAUGGUCCAUCCGCAGGUUCCUGCUAUCCUAUUUACACCAAUCUGCCCACAUUCCUUAUCCUUCCGGCCUCUGAUAUUACCUGAGCAUGUAACACUUAGAGUGCAAAUACCUUUCAAUAGCAGAGGCCAUGCAUGGGUAUCAUUUGAUGGAAAAGGCAGAAAACAGUUGGCACCCGGGGAUGCGCUUGUGUGCAGCAUGGCCCCUUGGCCUGUGCCAACUGCAUGUCAAAUUGAUUCCACCAGUGACUUCUUGCGCAGCAUCCAUGAUGGGCUCCAUUGGAAUUUGAGGAAAACCCAGUCAUUCGAUGGUCCUCGGGAUCCAUAAUAUUUCUCUUUGUUCUUUUUUUGGUAAAAGAAAUGAAAUUCUAUUUGGAAUCGUCUCUCUAUUGAACAUUUGAGAGCUACUACCAUGCGUCACCUUCAGUGAAAGGUAAAUAAAAUUAAUUUCUUUCCCUUUUAAGCAGAGACAGGUUACCAAAAUGUAUCAAGCAGUCCUGCAAUAGAAAAUGUGUCAGGAGUUUAAUGUUGCUUUCGUGUUUUAGAGAAUCCAUACAUAACAAUCCGAAAAUUAUCUACGGAAUGAAGAAUCAUAUCCCUCUGUACUGUUUAUAUUGUUGCCCCUCUAAUGGUGCUCUGUAUUUCUGUGGAGUGUACUUCACCAUCCUUGAUAGUAUUGGGACCUAACCAACUGUUGAAGUUCUCUUUUUUUCUUUUUUAAA